AUGGAAGCGGUGGCGAGGGCGGCGCAAGGGGCGAACCUGCUAUCGCCCGCGGCGCGCGCGGGGGGCGGGUCGAUGUGGCGGUCGCAACCGCGAUUGGCCCGCGCGGCGGUGCCUCGAGUCGGGAGCGCGCCGUGGAUCGCGCGCGCGGGGUCGCGCGGGAGGCGGGAGCUCAAACUCCCGCCAGCCUCCACCGCCGGUCGUGUUCGCGCGACCGCCGUCCGCGCCUCCGUCUCGUCGUCGUCGUCGUCGUCGCCCGGAUCGCAAGGCCCAAACGGCGACGACAAGCUCGAGCCCACGCUGGGGCUGGGGAAGAAGGGGCGCAUGGCCAAGAUGGUGGACAUGUCGCAGAGCGAGGGAGACGAGGGGCUGCAGGGCGUCCAGGUGUUCCUGGUCGAGUUCGGGCUCAUCGCGAUGGGGGUCGUGGACACGCUCAUGGUGGGCCACGUCGGGGAGUCCGCGCUCGCCGCCGCGUGCCUCGGGGGUACCACGACGUGGCUGGUCAUGAUCACCGCCAUCGGCCUCCUCGGCGCGCUGGACCCGCUCACGUCCCAGGCGUUCGGAGCCGAGGAUGACGACGCGGUCAAGAGGCACCUCCGAUCGGGACUGUACGCGGCGGCGGCGCUGAGCGCGGGAUGCACGCUGAUCAUGUGCAUGGCCGUCGCGCCGCUCUACGCGCUCUGCGGGCAGCCGGUCGCGCUCGCGGCGGCGGCGGCGCACUACUGCCACAUCGAGGCGUGGGGCAUCCUCCCGGUGCUCCUCUUCCAGGCGAUCCGCCUGAGUCUCAUGGGCACCAACGUCUUCGCGCCGCUGGUCUCCGCGAUCAUGAUCGCCAACGCGACGAACGCGGCGCUCAACCAGGUCCUCAUCAACGGCGUGUCGGUCGCCGGGAUCACCAUCCCCGCGUUGGGCCUGACCGGCGCGGCGUGGGCGACGGUCACGAGCCGAUGGAUCCUCCUCAUCCUCACGUGCGCGUUCGCCGCGAAGGAACUUCGCGACCGGGAAGCUUUCAAAUCGGCGCGUGAAUCGAUCGGCAGCGCGUGCGAGCGGGCGUGCGGGAUCGUCAAGAGGAGUGCACCCAUCGGGUCCCAGAUGCUCAUGGAGUUUGGGGCGUUCAUGGCCAUCGGGCUCAUCGCCGGUCGGUGCGGCAUGACGCAGGCGGCGGGGCACGCAAUCGUGCAGUGCCUCACGGAUAUGUCGUACGUGCUGCCGCUGGGGAUCGGCGCGCUGGGGUCGAUCAAGGUGGGACAGGGCGUGGGGGGCGGGGACGGGCGGGAGGCGCAGCGCGCGGCGCGGACGAGCAUGCUCAACGGCGUCUACGGCGUCGCCAUCAACGCGUUCAUCUACGUCGUAUUCGGGAAACAAAUCUGUUGGUGGUUCACGUCGGACCCGGCGGUGCACGCCGUGGCGGUGAGCAUCCUGCCGGUCGUCGCCGCGUACCAGGCGGCGGACGGGUUGAGGGUGGUGAGCGCGGGGUGCCUGCGCGGGGUUGGGCGUCUCGACGCCGCGCUCGUCAGCGACGUGGUCGGGUUCUGGAUCCUCGGGAUUCCAAUCGGAUACUACCUCGCGCUGCCGAUGGGCAUGAACGCCAUGGGGAUAUGGCUGGGGUUCGCGUUUGGGGUGAUCGCGGUGAUGACGCCGAUAUCGUGGAAGGCCUGGAACGUAGGGAGCAGGCCGGAGAAGCUGCUGGACGCCACCGCGUGA